CAGAUGCGCGCGUGCUCGUUUAGGAGUGGGUGAAUUAACCUGAGAGCAGUGAGAGUAGCAGCACGCGCCGGUCUGACCAGAAGGGCACGAGGAUGGAGGUCAGAACUGACCGGUUUAAAGGCGAAGCGGCCAAAGUGCUGGCGAGGAUCCACCGAGUUUUAGAGAAACGUCAGGAGGAGAAUGAAGGGAUUGAGUUGUGUGUUGGAGGAGUGCAGGUGGAGGAGAAGUUGGAGCCCAUUAUAGACUGUACGUGUUUUGGUUUGCCUCGCCGCUACAUCAUGGCCAUCCUGUGCGGGAUGGGUUUCUGUAUCUCUUUCGGCAUACGGUGCAACCUGGGAGUAGCUGUGGUAAGCAUGGUGAACGACCACACUACCUACAGGGGGAAUAAGGCCAUCAGUAUGAAAGCUCAGUUCCAGUGGGAUCCUGAAAUUGUAGGUUUGAUUCAUGGCUCAUUUUUUUGGGGAUACAUCGUCACUCAGAUUCCUGGGGGAUUCAUCUGCCAGAAAUUUGCAGCCAACAGAGUAUUUGGUUUUGCGAUUGUUGCCACGUCAGCAUUGAACAUGCUGAUUCCGUCAGCAGCUCGUAUUCACUACAGUUGUGUGAUUGUAGUGAGAGUGUUGCAGGGACUGGUGGAGGGGGUGUCUUACCCAGCAUGCCAUGGUAUUUGGGCUAAAUGGGCUCCACCACUUGAGAGAAGCAGAUUGGCUACAACAGCAUUUUGUGGUUCUUAUGCUGGAGCUGUGAUUGCGAUGCCACUUGCAGGAGUGUUAGUACAGUACUCUGGCUGGGCCUCUGUCUUUUAUGUUUACGGUAGUUUUGGGAUAAUGUGGUACUUGUUCUGGAUUCUGGUGUCAUAUGAGAGUCCAGCUGCUCAUCCCACCAUUACAUCAGAAGAGAGGAAAUACAUCGAGGAGGCAAUAGGAGAGUCUGCAACAUUCCAAAACCCACUGACAAAGUUCAACACUCCCUGGAGGAAGUUUUUCACAUCCAUGCCUGUUUAUGCCAUCAUUGUUGCAAAUUUCUGUCGCAGCUGGACUUUCUACCUGCUUCUCAUCAGCCAGCCCGCUUAUUUCAAGGAGGUGUUUGGCUUUGAGAUAAGCAAGGUUGGUAUCCUCUCGGCUCUUCCUCACUUGGUCAUGACAAUUGUAGUUCCUAUUGGUGGUCAGAUGGCUGAUUAUUUGCGCUCUAACCACAUCAUGAGCACCACCAACGUACGCAAGCUCAUGAACUGUGGAGGAUUUGGACUGGAGGCUACGUUCUUGUUGGUUGUUGGUUUUUCUCACUCUAAAGGUGUAGCCAUCUCUUUCCUUGUCCUUGCUGUGGGCUUCAGUGGCUUCGCCAUUUCAGGGUUCAAUGUGAAUCAUUUGGACAUUGCCCCUCGUUAUGCCAGCAUCCUGAUGGGCAUCUCUAAUGGAGUGGGAACUUUAUCAGGCAUGGUGUGUCCUCUUAUAGUGGGAGCGAUGACUAAACACAAGACACGAGAGGAGUGGCAGUAUGUGUUUCUCAUUGCUUCCUUGGUUCAUUAUGGUGGUGUUAUCUUCUAUGGGAUUUUUGCGUCUGGAGAGAAGCAGGAUUGGGCCGAGCCGGAGAAAACAAGUGAGGAGAAGUGUGGAAUUCUGGGAGAAGAUGAGCUAGCAAAUGAAACAGAGGAACUGUACAGAACAGUGGGUGGGGCUUAUGGAGCCACUGACCACUCACAGGACCACAAGAGGAUGGAUCAUGCUGGGGGUGGAGCCAGCAGGGUCUUUGAGUGGAACAAAACAGAGGAAUAUGUUCAGCCAGAUGGAGCAAACAGCUAUCUGUAUGGAGGGGAGGAGGAGAGAGAGCUCACAUAGAGUAAGAGCAAUGUAUGUGUAUGUAUGUAUGUGUGUGUGUAUAUAUGAGACAGA